CCGAGCAGCUGCUCCGUGUCCUCUCUCUGACACACCGCACAGGCAGUAAGACGUUGGGUAAAUGCCCCAGACGACUUUGAGGACAGAGCUGCCCUGCUGGCAAUCACAGACAAAGGAGAUAUUUCUGCAGGUGCCCAGGAUGUGGGCUCUGAUGCUGUGCGCUUCUUUCUCAUUUCUGGUGUGCUGCGGGUCACACCAAGCUCAAGUGGUGGCACGGAGCUGCAGCUACGUGGGUGUCUUCCACGUGGAAGGAGGCGCCCGCUACGCGCUGAACUUUGAUCAAGCCAGGAAGCUGUGUGAAGAUCUGGGCACCACGCUGGCCAGUGAAGAACAGGUGUCUAUGGCCUACGAUAAAGGGCUGGAGACAUGCAGGUAUGGUUGGAUUAGCAACCAGAACACAACUAUCCUUCGACACAGUUCACAUUCAAACUGUGCAUCCAACCAAACUGGAGUAAUUUUUCACAGUGAUAAUUUAGACGUUCCCUAUGAUGCAUACUGCUACAACAGCUCAGAUCCGUCUGACAAGAAUUGUGACCUCAUGAUUUCCCGUGUUCGUGCGGCCACUGUGAGCACUUCUCCAACUCCAGAGAACCACACUGCGACAGGUGGGACUACUUCACACAGCGAAGACACGACACACGGGAUGAUCCCUAACAGUGUCACGACUCAUCCUCGUGAUACAAGCCUUGACUCCGCAACCACUGCUCGCACGGCAGAGAGCCCAGGAGUCACAAGGGAACAGAUGAAUGAAUUCGAUGAUUGGAUAAUCGUCCUCAUUGUCAUUCUGUCCGUGCUUGUCAUCAUACUCGUGUGUCUAACUGUCGCUUGCAGGAAGAGGUUGUGCAGCAAGCGGGAAAAACUGAGAAUCACCACUGAAAAGACAGACAGGGGCACAACGAAAAGCCAGGAGAUGGUGACCCUGACAAGCGAGGAGAAAGUCCAGAGUAAUGGCAGCACAGAAGAUGACAAUGGGAGGUCCCAAGAACCUCUUCAAGCCUGAAGAUAUUUUAAUUUUUUUUUUAACGAGUCAAAAUAUUUUUUUACAACAGCAAAUCUUGUGCUGAGAAAAUAAGGGCUUAGUAAGUAAAAUAAGUAAAAAAUAAAUAAAAUCAGCUAUGACAGAGAAAAGUUAGACAUAUUAAAGGUUUACAGUCACUGCACUGUAGCUGUACAUAUAAAUUGUUCCACUGAGUUCAAAAGGUCCAGCUCCUAGUCAAAGUGACAUAGCAUCUGUUUUAGUACAUUGUGUUUUUGUGUCAUUUUGCGCCUCUAUAGAAACUGCAGGAAAUUUUGUUUCCGCUUUAUACGGCAGGAAAAAGAUUUCAUUUAUUCAGGCUAUGAAAUACAAACAAUAUAUCAGAAAAGAGACAGUAAGACUCAUUGAUUGUGAAAUAUGUAAAUAUCAUGGUUUGGUUUGCGAGGUAAACUAAUUACGCAAACUUCUGGCAAUAUGAUGAAAACUGAAAACAUAGCUGAGGUUAAUAUCACCGUAUGCAUACGGUAUCAAAUUCACUCACAUGCCCUAAGGGCGGGCUGAGGGGUGAUAUUGAGGUCAAACCUGCAACCCUUGACUUUCAAGACAGUAAUGCUAACUUACAGCCAAAACCAGACAUAGCCAAAGCCAGACUUCAAGUCUAACUGAAACUUAUUGCUUAAAUCAUGCUGGUUUUCCAGGAAUAAGACAUCAAAACACAUUAUACCUGCAUUAUUGUUUAUGAAAUAAAGUACUUUACU